AUUAUUGGGAACGAUUACUAAAGUCAUUCUUCAAAGUUUUUUUUGAAUCCAAAAGCUCCUCUCAAUCUUCAAGUCGGUAACUUUUGCUCUAACUCGUUACUAAUUAGUAAUAUCGACCUCGAGCUUUUACAAGAUAUAACUGCAUUCGAAGUAGAAUAUAAAUUUCCGGCAAAAAGCUUUCUAAAAAGAGCUUUUAAUAGUUGAGAUUUUGCGAAAAAUUAUGAGAUGUCGGUUGUAGCACCAGCUGUAUAUAUAUCCGGGACCGUGGAACCUUCGAAGACUGAAAACCGUCGAUCUAUACAGACCAAAUUUGAUUUUUCGAGGGUCAGUUUAGUGAAGAAGAGGCUUUUGGGCUGAGCUUAAAACAUCUUAUUAAACGUGCAGUUGAUGGCAAAAAGCUUCAUUUACACUCUAGAUCUUAUUCUAAAUGUCUUAUUAAGUCGCUUAGGUUAAUGUACAUCAUUAGCGUCAUUAAAAAUCUGAAAGUUUUUUUUAUUGCGAUCACCAAUUUGAUGAUCACAUUACGUUACCUAGUGAAAUGCCAAGAUAGCCGCGCACGUUCGCCACAUCCUCCGCGCUGAACCAACAUUGUUGUUUACCCAUUUAAUGGUAAUCACCAUUUUGGUGUACACUCGGCACGUUCGGGACUUUGUCUACAAGUAUUUAGUAUGACAAUUGAGCGUUCUAUGUGAGUAUGCAUGUCAAGUGGCGGCGACACAUUGUUGUUCUUUCGUGUUUUGAUCGCGCUGUGAUCGCAAUCGCAUUUCGUACGCCCGCGCGCUUGACGAAACCAGCCAUGGGUGGCCGUUGUUGUUGUCGCCGCGACAAUUUGACUGUCAGUGGGUGCGUCACUCGACGCUUGGAUGCUCAGUCAAAUGUGCAAAUGCAAAUGAAAAUUUUUGUCUACGAAAAUGCUGCGCCGCGCUCAUAGAACAGCGCUAUUCCACUGGCGCUGAAACAGUCGAGGACAGAUUUUCCGGAAAGACGGUACUAGCAUUGGUGGACGCGCGCACCACAAAACGUAGGCGAAAGAAAACAACAAAAACAAAAAGAAAACAAAUAGAAUUCUCCUGCGAGCGCCGUGCGAACUCGCAUCGCUCUAAUUGAAUCAAUGCAUAAAUGCAAUUUGUAAAAUCUCUGUCAGCGUCGCAAAAUUGCACUUGAAAAUUUUUCGAAAACAAAAUAAAAUUGCUACAUACAUUUGUUGCAAUAAUAAAUUUGGCGACACUGGUGUUUGUUGUUCGUAUGCCAAUUCUUGUUCAGUCACUUGAAGACACUGGACGCACCGCAUCGCACCGUGUUUGUUUAGAUUUCAUAUUUUCGCCUAAUUUUCGUGUUUUCACUCGUUCGUUUGUCCGCGUCCGCGCGUUUAUGUCGCACAGUUUUUCGCGCUCAGCGUCGGUGACCAACGUAAACAUUCAAACUGAGCUCGUCAAAGCUCCCCCAAACGCCGCGCGCGCAACACGAGCUGCAAACGUUCACCAUAGCAGGCGGCGGUGGCGACGGCGAUGACGCUGGCGGCGUUGCUGGCGGUAGCGGUUACGACAAUGCCACGACGUAUGCGUUGCGCAGGCAGAGCAGCACGCGUUCUUCUAUUGGCGCGAGUGGUGUGCGGGACGGCGGCGCGGCAAAGGCCAGAAUACGCGAGACGCGUCUAUCGCCGGCAGCGCUGAGCAGACGCGAACUGAAGAUGGCCAUGCGUAAUGGUGUGGGCGGUGGUGUUGUUCGCAAGAGCAGUACUGGUUCGGGGCCGCCACCGGCUCCUUCCUCAGGCAUGGGCACAGCCAAUAUGCUGCGUAAAAUCCCGACAGUAUCGGCGAGCUAUGACAACGAGACGCAUACCGGUUCGAGGAGUAGCGCGAUCAAUUCGAGUCAACCAAAAUUCAUACGUCCGGAUAUGGUUGAUGUGCCGGCACAACAGGCCGCCGGAUCUACGUUGCCAUUGGUGUUGACACGAAAGAAAGGCGAUGAGGAGGAUGUCAAUUAUAAUCCGUUCGAGCACCGGAAAGUCGAUCACCCGACCUCCGAUAUGGAGACCCUCGUGCAUCUGCUGAAGGGUUCACUCGGCUCUGGUAUACUCGCCAUGCCGAUGGCCUUCAUGAAUGCCGGUCUAUGGAUGGGUUUAAUCGCCACCUUUGCGGUGGGCACACUUUGCACCUAUUGUGUGCAUAUACUCGUCAAGUGCGCACAUAUACUUUGCCGGCGUCGCAAGAUACCGAUGAUGGGUUUUGCCGAUGUGGCCGAACAAGCCUUCCUUGAUGGACCGCCCGGUUUGAAUCGCUGGUCUCGUUUCAUCCGUUUCAUGGUCAAUGUUUUUCUCGUCAUCGAUUUGAUUGGUUGCUGUUGCAUUUAUCUGGUGUUCGUCGGUACAAAUGUCAAGGCGGUGUUGGAUGAAUAUAUGGAUGAACCAUUGAAUAUACGUGUUUGGAUUAUAAUCGUUACCUGUCCGUUGUUGGUUAUGUGCCUGGUGCGCAAUCUGAAGUAUCUCACACCGUUCUCGAUGAUCGCCAAUAUUUUGAUGUUUGUCGGCAUUGUGAUUACAUUCGUUUAUGUAUUCGAUGAUUUGCCCUCACCAUCGGAACGCGAAGGCGUUGCGAAUGUUGUGCAAUGGCCACUCUUCUUCGGCACUGUCAUCUUUGCAUUGGAAGGUAUUGGUGUAGUUAUGUCAUUGGAGAAUGACAUGAAGAACCCUACACAUUUCAUUGGUUGCCCCUCGGUGUUGAACUUCGGUAUGGGUGUUGUGAUUUCGCUGUACACUUUGGUUGGAUUCUUCGGUUACUUGAAGUAUGGCUCGAAAACCCAAGGCAGCAUUACAUUGAAUUUACCGACCGAAGACAAAUUGGCUCAGUCUGUCAAGCUUAUGAUUGCCAUCGCUAUCUUCUUCACAUUUACGCUGCAGUUCUAUGUGCCUGUGAGCAUUAUUUGGAAGGGCAUUUCGCACAAGAUCUCCGAAGAGCGCAAAAAUAUUACCGAAUAUUCUCUGCGCAUUGCUUUGGUGAUCCUCUGCGGCGCCAUUGCCGUUGCGUUACCCAAUUUGGGUCCCUUCAUCUCGCUAAUCGGUGCUGUGUGCCUGAGUACGCUCGGCAUGAUGAUACCAUCGAUUAUCGAGUUGGCCGUGUACUAUGAGGAACCCGGCUAUGGCCGUUUCAAGUGGCGUCUAUGGAAGGAUAUUGGACUGAUUCUCUUCGGUGUAGUUGGUUUCGUAACUGGCUUAUAUGUAAGCAUACUCGAGUUCCAUGCCGAAUUCAGUGGUAGCCAUAUUGGUGAAAAUGCUUCAUAAUUGAAGCAUUGUGUGAACUGCAGUAUCACAAAAUAACAAAAACAAAAACAAAAAAAAAAAACAAAAAAAAUAUAAAUUUAAUUAAUGCAAGAUAAUAAUAAUCUAAUAUAUACAUAAAUACAUAUGCAUAUAGUGUUAGUGAUGUAGUUUAGUAGAAAGCGUAAAACAAAAAAAAACACAAAAACAACAACAAAAAAUGCAGCUUUAUGUCGAUGUGUGCGCGUAUUUUGCACAUCGUACAUUAAUUUUAACCAAACCAAACCAAAACAAAUGAACAGUUAACACAAUUCGUAGAACUACUUGUAAUUAGUAAGCAAAUACACACAUAUACAUAUUAUACAUAUAUACAUAUAUAGAGUAAAGCGUUAAUUUUAAAAUUUAUAAACGAGAAUUGAGAAACAAAACAAGAAUCUUAAAUCAAAUCACCAAAUUUUUUCUGAACAAAUUACCGUUGAAGUUUGCUAUAUAUAUAGCGUGAGAGCGUGUAUUGCGUUGGUCUACACACACACACACAGUUGAUUUAGUCAUGUAAGAUUUUUAUUUAGUUUGUAAACGAUAACAAAAAAAAAAACAAAAACAAA